UUUAUUGAAAGGAAACAAAGCAAGCAAAUGGCUUCAACAACUUGUGUAGUUUCCAUGGCUAUGCCAUUGGCUUACUCCUCAACCCACAAGAAGCUUAUCACUUCAACCUCCUUCAACCCAUUGCCAAUGAGACCUUCCACCUUACCCAAACCUGGAGCUGCACGGUUCGUUGUGCAGAGUUCGUUCAAGGAGCAGGCGGUCACAGCAGCAACAGCAGCGGCUCUAACCGCUUCCAUGGUGGUUCCAGAUGUUGCCGUGGCGGCAUCUGGUGUCUCUCCAUCGCUCAACAACUUCUUGCUCAGUAUCGCGGCUGGAGGGGUUGUGUUAACUGCAAUUUUGGGUGCGAUAAUAGGGGUUUCCAACUUUGAUCCCGUCAAGCGUGCUUGAGUACUAGUAGUUUCAUAUUUCUAUUCUAAUAGUUGUUUGCAAUGUAAUUCUUAUAAAAUACUUGUAAAUCUCAAUCUAUGGUUAUGUAUUGCAACGCCCAAAUAGCCCGAAGCAAGCAGAUUCGUCAUUCAUCCAAUAACAUCUGAUUCAACUUAAGAC